AUGGAAAAGCAUACAAUGUUGUAUCCCUCGGCAUACUUCACAUUCUUCAUCCUUUCGAUUUCUUGGACAGCUUGUGCUCCGGAAGCUGUAACUGGUGCCAAAGUGCAGUACCGUCAUCUCAACGGACACCAUCAUCUUCAAAAUGCUCCGAACUCGCCGAAGCUUUUUGUUUUCGGUGACUCAUAUGCUGACACCGAAGCUGUAACUGGUGCCAAAGUGCAGUACCGUCAUCUCAACGGACACCAUCAUCUUCAAAAUGCUCCGAACUCGCCGAAGCUUUUUGUUUUCGGUGACUCAUAUGCUGACACCGGUAAUUCGCCAAAAUCCACAGCAAUCUCUUGGAAGAAGCCAUAUGGGGUGAGCUUUCCGGGUAAACCGUCAGGCAGAUUCUCUGACGGUCGCGUUCUCACUGAUUACAUAGCUUCAUUUCUUGGCACAACUUCUCCAGUGCCCUUCAAUGAAUGGCUGGGAUUAGGCGAGAAAUCUGCACUGGAAAAUGGAUUGAACUUUGCCCAAGGAGGGACAGGUGUGUUCACAACAUUGGCUAAUGGACCAAAUAUGACAACACAGAUUAAUGUUUUCCAACAACUGGUUCAAGAAGAAGAAGUGUACAGCCCAGAAAACAUGAGUUCUUCAGUUGCUUUAGUGUCUGUGGCUGGCAACGACUAUGCUGCUUAUUUUGGCAAAAGUGGCACCAAUGAGAAUAUAAGUGAUCUGAUAAAUAUCACUAAAUCAAUCAUGAGCCAGCUUGUGUUGGAUCUUCAAAGAAUACAUGGAUUAGGAGUGCGGAGAGUAGGCGUUACAGCAAUGCACCCCUUAGGGUGUUUGCCCAUAACGACUGCUUCCAUGUCACAUAAAAAUUGCAGUGAAAAUGGAAAUUCGCUGGCCAAAUUCCACAACCAAAUGUUGCAGGAAAACAUAGAGAAUCUUAACAAUGAAGCUGGUGCUCCUGUGUUUGUGAUCCUUGACCUCUAUAGCGCUUUCAUGUCUGCCUUGAACCUGCAAAACAACCAUCCAGGAAAUUCGACGUUUGAGGAUCAAUUAAGUCCAUGUUGUGUUGGUACUGAAAGGGGUUAUACAUGUGGAAGUGUCAAGGGUCUUGGAAUAGAGAAGUAUAUCGUAUGCGAGGAUCUCAAGCAAUUCUUCUGGGAUGACAUUCAUCCUUCGCAACAGGGUUGGGAAGCAGUGUAUUCAGCUCUGAAACCUUCUCUUCAGAGCCUCCUCAAUUGA